UCACUGCCACGACCUCGUUUUGACCGAUAUUGUCAUUUGCGAAUUCUAUGACCUCCCAACCAGGAAAUCAAGACGCCAGAGCAGCAGCAGAAUCAAGGAGGCAGAAGAUUCUGGCAAGUCGCGGGAAUCGUCUGGCCAAGCUGACGAACACGGGACGGGGAGGUGAAGGAAGCGUUUUCGACCAUGGCCCUCUGGUUUCCGCCAGUUCCUCGGACCUGAGACCUACCUUUCUUGGCGACAAUGAGCCAUCGCUCCUUGCACCAGUCACAUACGAGACAGCAGAUGUAGCUGCUGCUUCGCCUUCGCCAUCAAAAUAUACUGUUCGCUCAAAGCCGCUGUCAAUGGAUAGCUUUGGUAAUCCUUCGGCUAAUUUUUCAAAUGGCCCCAACCCCAAUGUGUCCCAAGAUUCGUUUAUGGCAACAAUGCAAUCCAUGGCCUCUCGUCACGGAUCAAGCCGAUCUUCGCAGCAACCUGAGCCGGUCUUCCCCCAACCCCAGUCCCAGGUCUCGCGCUGGUUACCUUUUGUUCAUGUAUCAUCUGUCCUUUGUGUGGUAGUCUAUGCCAUCGUCGUUCUGGAGCCAAGUGCGUGGAGGGAGUCUUCCGGACUGUGGCGAUCACCCUCCGCCUUGAUAUUCUGGAAUCGAUGGAAGGCCCUCCUUGCAUCGAAGGACAAUGUGCCCACGGUUCCUCUGUUCUACGUUUUUCUCGCUCUUCAGCUUGGCCUUCAUGGUAUGCGUUUACUGCUGGAACGAAACCUACCACCGACUCCGGGACUGAUCAACAGUAUCCUCCCUUACUUACCCUCCCGCUUUCAGCUCUAUAUUGCAACCUCCAUCAAGUACACCGUGAUUGCAGAACAGUUCCUGGACGACGUGGGUCUUCUAGUAUUCAUCCUUGGGGCCGUUGUGUGGAUGGCCAAUCCAUGAACGGCUGGCGGAGGUGUUGCAAUCCUUUUCACACACGUGUCAGCAUGUUGUUCCUCGUUCCGAGCCCCCCUUUUUUUUUUCCCCAGUCUCAUGAUUAUGGAUACUAUAAUUGUGGGGAGGAAAACGGUGAGAAGCCUGCACAUAGUACCCUUUCUGACUUGUAUUCGCCGGUGAUAUGUCCACCAUUGAGCUGUGGUGCCUGAUUCGAGAC